AUGGACUACGAGAAGGUGUUGGCGGCGCUCAAGGGCCCACGGCUACUGCUGCUUGAGUGCAUUGACUACUUGCGCCGAUACGGUGACAACGUAGGCGUGCACCAUGCCGUGGUCGAGCGCCUUCGCCAGUUCAGCUACGACGAGCUCGAGUUCUACAUCCCCCAAUUGAUCCAGUUGCUCGUCAGCUACGAAACCGACUCGAUGGCCCUCGAGGACUUCUUGCUCGACUACUGCGUACAAUACCCGCACUUCUCCUUACUCGUGUUCUGGAACUUGCAAGCGUUCGUGUGGGAGCUUCGCAACGACCCCGAGCUGUAUCUGUUCCAGACGGUGCGCAAGUUCAUCAACCAACUACAAAACAUUCUCUUUACCACCGAAGGGUUACCCCAGCAAGAAUUCAAGGAGAACUUACAGCCGGCACUUGUACUUUGCGGAGCGAUCGCGGCCCUGGUGGCGAUGCCUGGCCUUGGCAAUUACAUUAAUCCGAUCAUCCGCAGCCAGCUGCGCCAACAAAAACUGUUUGUAUUCAAGCUUGCCAACUUCCAGAAGGCGUUGACAAGGAACUUAACCCUAAAGAACCAAGGACGAGUGGAGACCGACCCCCAGUUGUCAGCAAAACCCGAAAAAGUGGCCCCUCUGGGAGUACCGCUCAAGCGGCUGGUGCUGUUAUCGCGCCUUUCUCACCUCGAAUCCGAUUCCGAAGUCACCACCGACGAUGAACCCGAAUCAAAGGGCUUACGUGCCGAACUCUCCCAAGCUGAAGGUGCCCGGUUGCACCGGAAUGCCUACAACUCCCUCGAGGAAAACUUGAAGAUAAACACGGUGAUAAAACUGAAGAAAAAGCGGGCCCAGCCUGAUCGCUUGAACCACUCGCUGCGACUGUUGCCCGACCUCUCUCCCGAAGCCGUCCCCGAAGCCGCCCUCACCCGUCUGUUGAGUCAAACGAUACGGCCAAAGCAACCGACCUACGACGAACUUGUACGCACGCUCAGAGUAAACUACGCUCGGCAAGCGUGUGAUUUUGCCAUGAGUCUCCAGAACAUCUCGUUGAGAUUGUCGCUGGUGCCUAAAGAAGCUCGAUUGUCGGCAUUACGAGCCGAACUCUCCAUCAUCAACAACAAAAUGCUCCCCGCCGAAGUUGAUAUCCCGCAGUUAUUACCGAUAACCUCUAAUCGCAACAAAAAAUACCAUAAGAUAUUGCGGUUGACGGUAAACGAGGCGUGCGUGCUUAACCUGGCGGAACGGGUGCCAUUUUUGUUGCUCGUCGAGUACCUUAGCGACGAGAUCGACUUCAACCCGUUCUCCGAGUACAACCUGCGCAUAAUCGGCCACGGCCCGGCCCCGGCGGCAGCGGUCCCUCCAUCAGCUCCGGGACUGCCCCUUACCGUCGCCUCCGCCACCUCUGGUGGCACUGGUGUCGACGAGAUCUCCACCAUGAUCGACGAAACCGAUCUCUCCGACCUUCCGCGCACCCCGCGGUUGCCACAAACCCCUCAAGUACUGCUGCCUCUCGCCGACGCCACUCCCGUGACACUGGCGACGCUGGCCAAUACUGAUACCGUGUCGACAUCUGCUCCUCCCGGUGACCGUAAGCAUCUAGCAGACCAGAUGCGGAUCGCUCUGGUAAUGUUACAGCAGCUAGAGUCUCUGGGACAGCUGUCACUGGAGCACUCGGCGGCCAUCCGUGGUCGUAUCGUCCAACUGAUGAUCGCAUUGCAAGACCAGUUUGAUUCCAUUGAUUACAAUAAAAUUAAUGAACUCACUGGUGAUGCUCAUGCUGGCGAGCGGAAAAUGGAAAACGACGCCAAGGUCGGUGAGGAUUGGGCCCGUAAACGUGCGAGAAUAAAGAGCCAGUCGCCUUACGGCCACUUGCCUAACUGGGAGUUAUGUCUGGUGAUUGCUAAAAACGGUGAUGAUUUACCCCAGGAAGCCUUUGCCUGUCAGCUUAUCACCCUCAUCUCAAACAUUUGGCGCCACGAUCGCGUGGGAGCAUGGACCAAGCGGAUGAAAAUCGUCAUCACUCUGGCCACCACCGGGUUAGUCGAAACCAUCAUCAACGCCAUGCUGAUUCAUUCUAUCAAAAAACUGAUGACCGAGGCAUCGAUUGCUCUGGGCGAGAACUCGCGGGGGCGCAUCGCCACUUUGUCCGACUACUUUGUCCAGGAAUUCGGCGACCCGCUGCUGAGACGUCAUCGCAACGCUCGGGCCAACUUUGCCAAGUCGUUGGCGUCGUAUCUGAUCAUCUGUUACGUGCUCCAAAUUAAAGAUCGCCACAACGGUAACAUUAUGGUCGACGCUGACGGUCACAUCAUUCACAUUGACUUUGGGUUUUUGUUGCUGAACCUGCCAGGACUGGUUGGUUUCGAGGCGGCGCCGUUCAAGUUGACCCAAGAAUACGUUGACGUGAUGGGCGGCGUCGACAGCCCUGAUUACGCCGACUUCCGCAGAUUGUGUAAGAUCUGCUUCCUCCUGCUCCGCAAGCAGGGCCAGCAGGUGGUGAGCAUGGUGGAGUUGAUGCAACGUGACCUGACGUUGCCUUGCUUCAACAAUGGAGACAAUACCCUGGUGUUAUUGGCACAACGGUUACAGAUGGAUUUAAGCGACGCCGACGCCGAGUCAUUUGUCGACGGUCUUAUCACUAAGUCGCUCGGGUCGAUGUACACACGAGUGUACGACCAAUUCCAAAUGAUCACUCAAGGUAUAUAUUAUUAG